UCCCCUCCUACUAAUCACUGGAGUUAUUUUAAAACUUCUAGCUCGGAUAACCCUCUGGAAACAACACACUGAAGGGGGUGGAGGAAAUAAAGAAGAAAAAAAUCCACAGGAAUAAACAUUACAGGAAGUAAGAUUAGGAAAGACAGAAAAUAGAGAGGGGAGUGAACUGGAGGAGCAUUGUAUUAAGGUCAAAUCGAUUUAGCAAGAUGAAUCAGUGCAAUGCACUGGCUGUGCAGUGCAAAGAGACACUAAGCUAUGUGAUCUCUGCUUGCUCUCUCCCCCACCCUUUCAUUGCUGCUGUUCUCCCCCAGUGAUGUCUCUCCCAGUACUGCUUCCUGGCUCCUGCUGCCCCAUGGCUGGGUUAUCCUCCUCCAUGGGCAAUGCAGCCUCUACCUCCUCUCCAGGGACAGAUUCAGCUCAUCAUAGGCCAAGGAGGAGUCGCGGGGCGCUACUGCCCCCUCGAUUUACAGCCUCUCUAGGACUGUGCCCCGCUCCUCCUCCUCCUUCAUCUAGGCGCCGGGCGGGUUCCGGACUCAUAUUGCCGGGGAGACCCUUACUAUCUCUGGGAUUGUUGCAGCUCAUAUUAGGCUGUUGUACAGUAGCGCUGAGCUUCGGAGCUUUGUCACUCAGCAAGUCCCCACAGAUCAGGAGCUCCUGCCCAUUCUGGGCUGGGUCAUCGGUUAUUCUGUCAGGUUUAAUAGGGCUAACAACAUGGAAGAAGCCAAUGAUCCUUCUAGUAAACUUAUUUGUUAUGUUAUCGGUUGUCUGUGUCCUCCUAAAUCUAGCUGGAUUUAUCUUAGGAUGCCAGGGAGCUCAGUUUGUAUCCAGUGUCCCCAGUUGUCACCUGGUUGAAAUGGUUGAAGGUAAAAUCUGCCUGUGCUGUGAAGAAUCUCUCGCUAACAAGUGCCUGGAAAAAGAAAAUGUUCUGAAGCUGUUUCCAGUUCAGUCCUGCAAUGCAGUUCACCUCUUACUCAAGAAAGUCUUCUUUGCACUUUGUGCCCUGAAUGCUCUGACCACUACAGUGUGUUUGGUUGCGGCCGCUCUGCGUUACCUACAGCUAUUAACAACGAGAACAGUCUGCACAGAUGAAUCUCAAAUAUCAGCAGAGGAAGGGGAAGAACGUGUUCCAGAUCCAGAUGACUUCAUUCCACCUGCGCCGCCUCCAUCAUACUUUUCAACAUUUUACUCCUGCACACCUAGAAUGAAUCAAAGGGUGCUUGGCAAUGAAAUGAUUCCUCUUCCACAUAUCUAUGGAUCCAGGUUUAAAGGGAUUGAAGUGUUUUGUCCAAUGGAACCACCUCCACCAUAUGAAGCUGUCAUACGCCAAAGUAAUUCAUCGGAGGAAUCUACGCUGCAAAUCACAGACUUAGUAGAUGGUGCUCCGACAACAGAAAUCCGAGGAUCUGAAAACAAUGCAGAAUUAAUAAUUUCCUAUAAUUCUGAGGCUGUCCCGGGACCCAGUAUACAGCCAGUUACAGCUGUAGCACAAGAGCUCACUAAUAAGCCUGCAAGGAAGAGAUCCCACAGUGAUCCAGUUAUCCAUGAGCUUCCUGCAAGAGGAGGAGUUCCAAGCUGUGAAGCUGCUACUCAGACUGAAUUAAGGCCGCCAAUAGCUGCGGUCACCCUGAGACGGGCUUUAAGAGCGAGAGCUGUCAGAUCAAGACCUCGCUCUCUAGUUGAUUACAAGUCCUAUAUUGACACCAAACUGUUGGUGGCCAGAUUUCUUGAGGAACCAUCCUGCAGCAUGGCACCUGAUAUUCAGCAGCUGGUAGAAAGCAUCAAAACUGUCUUGAAGUCAGAUGAAGAGCAUAUGGAUGAAGCCAUUCUGAGUGCCAACUUCCUUGAUCAGGUAAUGGCUCCGGGCCAGCAAACUUCAGCUACAGCCCACAGACUACCAUGUAGAAGAUACCCCGGUUUUCUCCAUUUAGAGAGCUGUGGGGAUUUGAGUACUUUUUGUGCAGCUGAGAACCAGAGCUCGGUGAGACGGAAUCGGAGAACACUCAGUGAAAGGCCUCACAGCCUUAUUGGAGUUGUGCGAGAAACAGUAUUAUAAGCUGAACUGUUGUAAGAGGCAGUUACUGAAGGACAGUGAAGGUGAUGUGAAUUCUUAGGAAUAAGACAAUCAGUUCUCUGUAAUUUUGCCAUUUGCUUAUUUCUUCUAAAAACAAAACCUACAAUUUGUUACAGUUUAUUUGGCAUGGAAAUAACCAAAGGCCAAAUAACAUACCAGGACUGAGAUGGUUUUAAUAUAGCUUGUAGGAGGAUCUGUUAAUAUAUUACAUGGAGUAUUGCUCAGGACACUCAGCCAUUAUACAGCAGAUUUACAGAAGAUGGAAUCUUUAGAUGAAGCUCAGGGUUUUAUGAUGCUGUCAAAUAAUAUGUUUUGGCAUUGUGUUAAUAAUGACGUUUCACGUAUUCCUGACAUGGAAAUUAAAAUCUUUCAGGUAAAAAGUAAGUAUUGAGAAUAUUAUUAACUGUAUUUUGCUAAAUAUACUGGGUUUUUAAUAAAGUAAAACCUCCAGUUAA